GGUUAGUGUAUACGAUAUCCUGCAAGGUCCUUUUGGUGAUCCUUCGGACCUCUCGUACUUUGGCGCGAACACUACCAUGCCCCAACAAUAUCGGAUGAUGCUACUGUCCAACCUUUCACACGUGAUCAACCUCGUGGGCUAGGAGAAUGCGACCAGAUAAUUCACCAGAUGCUCCAUCAAAGACAUUGCUAGCUCAGCCUCUCAAAGCUACCGUCAAUCACACCGCCAGCUCUGUGCGCUCAUAGUUGACAAUCAUAAACGUGAAAUUUAUGCACUGCUCAAGUGGUGCUUCUUGAACUCCUGUCAUACCACAAAGAUGAUUGCGACUGUCAUCACAGCGCUCCUGCUUCUGGCUUCUGGCUGUGAGGGUCUGCCAACCAACGAGACUCCUCUUCCUGGUAAAUGGUCAACACUGCCCAACAUCACGCGCGAUGGUUUCGAAUACCCUCGCCAAGAGCACGCAGCGGUCCUGGUUGGCGACGAGAUCUACGUUCUUGGCGGCAUUCUGCCGUGGGAUGGCAAGGAAUAUGCUACCACCAAUAUCGUCCAGAAAUACAACAUGAUAACCGGCACUUGGACAGAGACGGCUCCGAUGCCUGCCGCUCUGAAUCAUGCCAAUGUCGCCGUCGUCGAUGACAAGAUCUACUAUCUUGGCGGCUUGGAAGCAGUCGAUGAAACGUAUUGGAAUGCGACAGGCAAGUCAGCAGUCUAUGAUCCUGCCACUGACGAGUGGACCGUACUGCCUAGCAUGCCCGAGGGACGAGAAAUUGGCAGUGCAGCGACUUUGGCUGUUGAUGACACCAUCUACCUCCCCGGAGGACUUGCGUACACAAACAUUACCUAUGAUCAGGAAGGAACAGUGUCCCGAUUCACAUCGUACAACGUGAGAACCCGAGAGUGGACGACCCUGCCAGACCUGCCUGCCCCGCGUGAUCACGCUGGUAAAGGCAUCGCCCAGGAUAUGUUGUAUAUAUUGGGGGGACGCGAGUUUGGGAACAAGAAUGUAGUCUCCACUGUGUUUGGGUUCAACCUCACCUCUCACCAAUGGUCGACAGCGUUCGAGUCCAUGCCUAUUGCGCGUGGGGGUGCCGUUUCUGCUACUAUCGGUUCUCAGAUAUUCAUGGCAGGCGGAGAAGGGGACCGCCGUACUCCCACUGCCGUUUUCCCUGAGAUGCAGGCUUACGACGCCGCAAUAAAUACUUGGAUCGAUUAUGCAGACAUGCCUCUACCAAUUCACGGGUCUGAUGCUGUGGUAUAUAAGGGUGAGAUUGUGAUUCCUGGCGGAGGAAUUGUGACGGGGGCGACUUUGACGCCAGUUGUUCAGACAUUCAAACCUCCUAUCCAGGAUUUGGGAGAGAAGAGCAUGACUCUGAUGGUUAUGGUAUAUCGAGUUAUUAUUGACUUACCCUGGAUGCUGUUCAAGAGAUGAUAGCCCGUUUGGAUGCCUUGAAUGAAUUACCUCAGUGGCGAUCUGGUUCUGUUUUCCGUAUUCACCAAUUAAGUGUCAUCAAAAAGUGCUGGCAAGACAAUUCUGGUGCCACUGCCAACUCAUGUACUCCCCUCCUCACGAAGACAAGCCAUAGUUGAGGAUGCAAGAGAGUACUACCUACCGUACAUUGAUCUCUCUAAACCACUCUCUCUGUCCCAUCCCUCCCGAUAGAAUACUCGACGCCGAAGUAAGAUGACAACUUCAACGCGAAGGCGUUUCUGCAUCAGAUACUCUAUCGUUCAUCCGUGAUAAUGACGGAUUUACCCGAUUCCCUGGAAAUACUGAAGCCUAUGAUAAUCAUGACCCCUGUUAUGUCUUCAUGAUAAGCGAUAUAGAACCACGACAACUAC